GACAUAGUGAAGUAGAAGCUGAAGCGGCAUAUUUUGUAGAUUCGACACGAGAUCAACGGAUCUGGGAAUUGCCGAAGAGAUGGAGAAGAAUGAAUUACUUCACGGUUUAGGCACACAUAAUUUGUCACAAAACAUCGGAGCAAGUGAUUUACCUGUGAAUUCUCUCAUCGUUGAAAAGUAUCGACCACUUUUCAGUGAUAUUGAAAAGUUCAACAGGAUGCAAGCAAUGUUCUUCAAUGAUUGUGUUUUUUCGGGCUCCUCAAUGGUGAUCACUGCCCCAACAGGAAGUGGGAAGACCACAAUUUUCCUCUUGUCAAUAAUGCGGGAGUUGAUGAAAGCAAAUUGGCCAGAGACCUGCGAUCCACUGCGAUUUAUUUAUGUGGCACCGACAAGGGCUCUCUGCUCGGAGAUAUUAGGGAAGUGGAAAGAGAAGUUCUCGAGGCUGAGUAUGAGGUGCUGCGAGGUGACUGGUGAGACAAAUGUGACGAAUCUGAAGGAGUUGGCGGAGUACAACAUAGUGGUGACCACAGCGGAAAAAUGGGAUUCGCUGUCGAGGCGAUGGCGCGAAUAUAUCAAUUUCCUCACGUCCGUGAAACUCGUGAUGAUUGACGAGAUCCACCUACUCAAUGAGGCACGUCGUGGCGCUGCCCUGGAGGCAACAAUUUGCCGCAUCCAAAUUGGCGCUCGCGAGAUUGGCACCGCCAUACGACUCAUUGGCAUUUCGGCUACAUUAGCCAAUGUGGAGGAUGUUGCAGAGUGGUUUGGCCAGGCGAACACGAAAGCUUAUACAAUAUCCACAGAUUCACACGGCAGCACGGUUGAGGAGAAGAUCAUCAGCGUGCCCCUGGGCGAGGAGGAGUCUUUCUUCAAAGUAGACGCUAUUAUGAACUCUUGGCUGCCUGGAAUUGUAACCAGACAUUGGCAGGGCAGACCGACGAUAGUGUUUUGCAGCACAAGGAUGGGAGCGGAGGGCACGGCGAAGUACCUUGUGCGAAAUUUCUGCAUAGAACUGAAUGAGAAUGAGCGAAGAUUGCUGGACAAUGUUGCGGCGAAGGUCGAAAAUGGGGAGUUGAGGGAGUGUUUGAGAAAGGGUGUUGCCUUUCACCAUGGCGGACUCGUUCUGGGGGAUCGCCUGAUAGUGGAGGAUGUCUAUAGGAGGGAGAGUGUUCCCAUUCUCGUGUGCACUCAGACACUAGCGAUGGGUGUGAAUUUCCCAGCGCACUUGGUCAUUGUGAAGGCGCCCAGUCCAGUCCCAGUCACAGAAAUGCUUCAAAUGAUCGGCCGCGCAGGCCGCGUUGGUCUCACGACUCACGCUGGUGUUGCUGUAAUUCUUACAAGGACGUGUCAUGCAACGAUGUACCAAAAUAUGCGGCAGAAAAUUUCUCCAAUUGAAUCGCAUCUACAUGAGAAUUUGCAGGACUACAUGAACUGUGAGAUCUUCACGGGGAACAUUAGUGAUGAGGACACGGCGAUGGAGUGGAUAAGAUCGUCAUUUUUGUACGUGCGCGUGCACAUAAAUCCCACCCACUAUGGAUUUAAAGAGGACACCGUUGAAAAUCAAUUAUCAGCUCUGUGCAAAUCAACGCUGGAGAGUCUCAAAGGUAGGGGACUUGUGUGUGAGAAGAGGAGCAAUAAGGAAUCACUGCAGAAGCACAAUUUAUCUUCCACUGCUUAUGGAUCUCUGAUGGCGCGAUACUUUCUUCAUCUGGAAACUAUAAAAGCAUUUCAAGAGGAGAUUACUGGCAGAGAAGAAAUAAUGCAACUCUUCAACAUUGUAUGCAAAUGCUCAGAAUUUCAGCAGUUUACACUUCGUGCUACUGACAAGAAGAUCUUGAAUGAAUGGAAUACAUCUCACAAGAUCACUGAAGAUGAUGAAUAUCCCGCCGGACGAAGCAAACAAAUCCGUUUUCCAAUCUCGGGAAAAAUUAAUUCAAUCACAGGGAAAGUUUCAUGUAUUCUGCAAGCGAUGCUAGGAUGUUUUGAUAUUAAGAGCACACAUUUACGCGAUGAGAGUGACAAAGUGAUGAAAAUGGCAAAUCAUCUCAUAAAAUGUGUGCUGGAAGUCUUGAAGAUAAUGCACAGUGAGAAGUUUUCCGCCUUCUUCAGCGCUCUCACACUCCAGAAAUGUUUCACGGCAGAAUUGUGGGAGAAUUCCCCAUUUGUUUGCAGUCAAUUGCCAGAAGUGAAACAGAAUGACUGCAAUUUGGCUCAAAUAUUAGCUGAUAGUGGAUUCAAGAGCUUCGAAGCUCUAAGGCGAACUAAUUAUCGUGAACUGAAUGAACUUUUUCCUGAACAUUCAAAAAUCAACAAAUCAAUCGUUGAAAGCAUUCAAAGAAUUCCUCAAUAUUCUGUGAAAUAUUUCUGGACAAAUACUAAGACGAUUAUCGUGCAGGCUCAGCAAAAUAAUAAUGAACAUCGCAGGAAUGAAGACGAAUCCGUUGCAUUGGUGGUUGGAGAUGAAGAAAGCAACUCGCUAUUAUUCUUCGCGGGAAAUAUAUUUGAAAGCGGAAAUAACUACGAGGCUACUGUUGAUAUUGACACUAAAUUUUCCAGUAUUCAUAUCCAUUUGUUUCAUCUCUCUCUUGUGGGCGUUGAUGUGCAUUUGAUUUUGGAUCCGAAAGAGAAGUACUUACAGAAUUUCUCCACGAUGGCGAGAAACACAGCAUUGUCAGUGAAUUCUCAGGAUCUGGAAGCACCGAAUCCGAAAGAGCCAAGACUGGAUGACACUACAGGAAAAGGUAGCGACUGGCAGGAGACACGAAGAAUGGAAUUGUACAGAGAAUCUUUGAAACGAACUGGUAUUGACAUUGAGAAUCCAGUGGAACCUUUUGAUAUUGGCAUUGAUGACUUUUUCAACCAAUUGGAGUCCAAUGCAAAGCUGAAUCAUUCCACGGAUGAGGAAAUGCCUCUUCUUGGACCGUCGAGCAACUAUGAUAAAAAGGAUUUGAAAACAGUCUUUGAACUUGAGAUGACAAAAAUCUUGAGAAAGCCUUAUUGUGUUGAACCCUCUCGGAAUCUUGUCAAUGAAUUUUACAGGGAGACUCAGAAGAUCAUUGCGGAGAAUGAUAAUGAAAUAUUGUAUUAA